AUGCCUAACCAUACCUCAGUGAAUGAAUUCCUUCUUUGUGGAAUAACUGACAUUCAGGAACUUGAACCUUUUCUCUUUGCAGUUUUUCUCAUCAUCUACAUCCUCAUCCUCAUUGGGAAUGGUGCCAUCCUGGUGAUUGUCAUCUCUGAUCCUCGACUCCAUUCCCCUAUGUAUUUUUUCUUGGGCAACCUCUCCUGUCUGGACAUCUGGUACUCCACAGUGACAUUGCCUAAAGUGCUAGAUAACUUCCUUUCCACUCACAAGACAAUCUCCUUUGUGGGCUGUAUCAUCCAACUGCACUUCUUUCAUUUCCUUGGUAGCACAGAGGCCAUCCUUCUGGGUGUCAUGGCCUUUGACCGUUUUAUGGCCAUUUGUAAUCCACUCCGCUAUACAAUUCUCAUGAACCAUGAAGUGUGUCUCUGCUUGGCUGCUGCAACCUGGAUCACUGGUUUCUUCCAUGCCUUGCUCCAUUCCAUCAUGACUUCUUGCUUGACCUUCUGUGGAUCCAACCACAUCCACCACUUUUUUUGUGACAUCAAGCCACUACUGGAACUAGCAUGUGGGAACACUGAGCUCAACCAGUGGAUGCUUGAAACAGUCACUGGAACCAUUGCCAUGAGCGCCUUCUUCUUUAUACUUCUCUCUUACUUCUAUAUUAUCAGUUUUCUCCUCUUCAAAAGUCGGUCCUGUAGUAUGCUUCAGAAGGCACUGUCUACUUGUGCAUCACAUUUCAUUGUGGUAAUAUUGUUCUAUAUACCAGUAGUCUUCACCUAUAUCCGCCCCUCCUCAGGUAGUUCCAUGAAUCAGGAUCCAAUAGUGGCCAUCAUGUACAGUGUGAUCACUCCAGUUCUCAAUCCAGUUAUCUAUACCUUGAGGAACAAGGAUGUGAAGGGGGCACUGAGUAAAGUUAUAAGAAAGAAAUUAUAA